AUGUCAAAAUCCGGUUCUUGGUUCGGGAAUCUCAUACGGUCGAUUCGCGCCGAACCAGUCGAGGGAAUCAGAAUACAGAAAGGUCUUGACGCCGCAAUAACCGACCCGAAGCACGUCGACGCUCUUUUACCCCAUGACCCCGAAGAGGAGAAGCGAUGGAACCGACAAUACAAAGAAAACCUUGGAGGAGUGCAUAUAUGGGUAGACGCUAGGUUCGAGGCCAAUGUAUGUCCGAGAGAAAAGAUAGAGAAUUUCGAAAUCCUCGGCCAUCUCGGACGCGGCGCAUUCGGACAUGUGUACGCCGUCAAGUACCGCGUUGACCACAGACUCUAUGCUUUGAAAGUCCUCUCGAAAGCACAUGUAUUCCAAAGAUCGUUCGUACCCUGGGCAAUAUCCGAGAAAAAAAUGUUGAACGCUGUGGAAAACAAGUUCAUCGUCAAACUGCAUUUUGCAUUCAAAGAUCGCAAAAACCUUUAUAUGGUCAUGGACCUAGCAUCUCGCGGGGACCUGAACAGACUGCGAGAAACCAGUCUACCGGAGAUGACGGUGAAAUUGAUUAUAGCCCAAAUAAUUCUCGGCACGGAGUACUUGCACGCUUGUAAGAUCGUUCAUCGAGACCUGAAACCGGACAACAUAUUCAUUUUCGAGGAUUGCUUCAUAAAAAUUGGAGACCUAGGAUUGGCAAAGAGGCUCAAGGGUCGGACUUAUUCUUUGGCCGGGACCAUCGGCUACAUGGCUCCUGAAGUCAUCGGAACAGCAGGAUACGGAAUCGAAGUCGACUGGUGGUCCAUCGGGAUCAUUCUCUAUAAGCUCGUCUAUCUGAAGCAUCCCUUCCCGAAGCAGGGUGGGACCCCGAAACAAAGGCUCGCAGCCAUCACAGGCACAAAAUUGGCCUUUCCUGAAGUGAUCUAUCCCGGCUCCUCGGUGAACGAUCUUUUGAGGGGCAUGCUCACACUCUCUCCGCGCUUCAGGCUCGGCUACCUCAAGGGAGGCUCAGACGAUAUUAAAGAUCACGAAUGGUUCCGAAACAUAUCUUUCUGUGAAGUUGCGAGGAAAGCCGUGCGUGUCGAGCUAGACCUCACCCCCCUUAUGCCUGUACCUUCGGAAGUAUACGAGUUUCUCCCCACAGAAAAAGAUGACGACAUAUUGCCUCAUCGUUUCCUGGAAUUUUAG